AACUCUGAGCAAAGUCUCCACACUAAAAGAUCAAGAAAUAACAUGAAUGUAGAGAAUGUAACAAAGAAUAUGAUUGCACAGGACAUGAUACGAGAGAACACUGUAAACUAAUGUAAAUAAAAUGCAUUGACAGCUACAGUAACUACAUAUUUGUUUUAAUGUUUCCAAUUUUACAAUGUAUCAGGUAACAUCCAUUUCCCUUCAAUUGUUAAAAGGUUUUAGAAAGGGAAUAAACUGGAGCUCUUUAAGCGUGAAAAAAACAUUAUUGAACAAAUAGUUGAACAUUUUUCCUAUAUUAAUUCUAUGAGGCAUUUCUCUUUGUUUGCCUUAAAUGACAUUGUUAUCUACGGAGUGAAAUGAAAUUAAAUUGUAUAGGGUUGUACCAAUUUCCGAUGAGUACGUGUUGUGACUGGGACAGAAAUCGGUUUAAAUAGAAACGCGGAGUGAAAAUCGAUGGUGAUUUAUAGAUGGUACAAUAGAAAUAUAAUCUAUGGCAUUUAAUAACAGUUCUGUUUCAAUUAAAAUGUCCGCGUGUCUUUUGUAAAUGUGUCCGAUGCCAUGUCAAAAUAACAUUGAAUUUUUAACUUAUUGGAAUAUUCCUAUAUUUUAGAACUAAUGCUGGAAAGUGACGGAUUUACAUUCAAAUAGAUAUUGUGUUAAUUUAAAUAAAUACUUAGAUAAGAAUUGUAGUGUAUAUAAAAAGACUAAGCUUAUUAUUCAGUGUGCACACAAGUUACAUUGAGUAAAUGCAAGUACACAUAUGAAAUAGGUUAUUUGCUGAUUUAAUUGAAUCUAGAGAGAGAGAAGGAAUUAAUGCUUUUGUAUAAUUAAUAGUACUAAUUUCAAACGUUGGAAAAAUUAAAAGGAUAUUGGAUUAACUCUAAAGUGUUUGGACACGUACAUGCGCGCAUUACAUUUAACUAUUAUUAACACACAGUAUUAUCAACUAUAGAAUAAAAGCAGUUAAAAUUCAAAUAUUGAAUGUGAUAAUUGGUAUUAAUAAGUAAUUAAAUCAUAAGCUGGGUGUGACAUUUAAUUAGCUAAACGGGCAGUCAUAUAAGGAGUGUAUUUACUCGCAAUGGUGUAUACAAAACAUAAACGUGUAACGUGUUAAAAGGAUAUUUGGAUAUGAAUUUCGUACGGGUUCGAGUCACUGAAGAUAGUUUGUUGUUCAUUUCUCUCCUUAUUUGUGCCAUACUUCCUUCAGAUUCAACGAAGUAUUAUGUAACCUUUCUCGGAAGAAACGUGACAACUUCACCAGUUGGAGUUUUCCUUCAAAAGUUGACAGGAACAGCCCCAGGUAUCAAACACGAUGUCGGCGCGUGCACCCCCAGUGCCUCAAAUUGGGGUAUUUCUUCAGACUUUACUGCAUCUCAAUUCGAUGCACCAGACUGCGGGUUACUUGUUCCAAAUGGAACUGAGAUGGCAAAGAAAGGAAUUAAAGUUGAAUCAGUAGAUGACUUCACAUUACAUGUCAUUCAAACAGAUUCCAGUGGUUCCUGGAGUGAUGGUUACAUAGCUAUUCCAUAUGAUCACCUAGGAGCAACAUAUUAUGUCAUAACGUAUUGCGCAACGGGUGGUGUGUGCCAAUUUGCUAUAUUAGCAACGGAUAAUUAUACAAAGGUCGAGGUCACGUUUUCGAAUAGCGUUCAACCUCGUGCAGUUUGUAUCAACGGAAGUCCAGUAGAAAAUGCCGCGGCACCGGGAACCGCCAUUCCUUUUGAACUAAAUGAACUAGAUGUUCUACACUUUGAAAGUGAGAACGAUCUAAGUGGAACAUAUAUCUCCGCUGAUAAAAAUAUAGCUGUUGUAGUUGGCGCUCGGGAUAUACCAAAGAAAGAUGGUACAACCUCUCAUGUAGUAGAACAAAUUCCACCUAUCAGAAAAUGGGGUACCGAGUUUGUUGUUGUGCCCAAUAUUCUAGAUGAAGCUGGAGAUAUAGUAAAGAUUGUAACACAAAAAGAUAACACAGUUAUAUAUAUUCUUGGAUAUUCGCCUGUCAUUAUACCGAAAGCAGGAGAUGCAAAAGACUUUAGAAUUGACUGGAAAAUGCAUACAACAAUUCAUUCAUCAGAACCUGUCCUUUUAAUUCAGGUUAUGAAUUUGAAUCUGUAUAACAGUAGCAAUGCAAAUGAUUUAUCAGGGUCUUCGGCAAUGGUGAUUGUGCCGCACAUUGAGCAAUGGGUUGAUACUGAACAUCAUUUCCAGUGUGCCGUGUCAUCUGCAACAAAUGAAAGCCUUAUAGCAGUAGUUGCAGAGCCUGGCAUGGCUGUAUUAUUUGACCCAACUCCUUCUGUUCACUAUUCACCGUGGGAAAGUAUACAAGGAAGUCAGUAUGAAGUUCUGAUAGCCAAACCAUCUGCAAGGGAGACCUCAUUAAGUGGGGGAAGGCGAAGCAUGUAUGGUUUUUGUGAAGGACAAUAUGCAGUACUCCUUGGUGUUAAAUGGGACUGGGAAAACGAGUUGUGUAAGAAGACAAUAUCAUCACCAGGUGACGAUGUAGACAAUGAUUGUGACGGUGAAAUUGACGAAGACACCUGUACUGAUGCUGACUUUAGUUUCAAUUUUACCGCUUCUCAGACCAGUGACGGAACCGUAACAUACAAAAUAGUAAAUGCAGGUAAAGCUGGACACAUUGAUUUUACUGUAUCCACAUGUGAUAUUGCAGUGGUGACUCUCAGGACAACUUCCUCUCCUCAUGCUUAUAUAACAGUCAAGAUAUCCCCGACAUCAAUUGUUGAAGAGAUAUGUGUCCCGAAGUGUUUUCCUGCUGCACCGGAAACCAAUGUUGUUGCAGACUGUAUCAACGAUGUACAAUACUAUUCAAUUGAAUGGUUUGAAGAUAGUGUUGGUUUAAAGCAUGUGUUUCACACUGAUACUACGGACUAUUACUGGGACAUUGAUAAUGUUUUUGGUGUCGACUACGAGGAACUUGUCCUGUCAGCCAUGGCCGGCUCCGCAGCUUUUGUCGUCGAUUUACCAGAUAAAGAUUGCAGUAAAAUGAUUUCCGAAACGGCUGAUGCAGCUGGGAGGAAGUUUAUUAUACCUGUUUCUGAUGGUGAUUCUGAUUUCACCAUUAUUCUUACUACACGAAAUGAUUUAGCAACGACGCUCAAUAUCCAACUAAAUGUUGACAAUUCCCUUGGUACAAUCACGAUGACCUUAUCUCAGACGUUAACAAUAACAAAAGGGGACAUAACCGAGCCUGCUUAUAGUAGUAUAACAGUUACCAGUACCAAUGGGGAACUUAUGGUAUACUUGCUGCGUUCUUUAACCAACGGUAUUGCACUAGGCUUGAGUAUUCUACCCUCUGAUAUACUUGGCCCUACGUACCUUUUGUUUAUUGACAGUGUAGUGAAUAUAAACGAUGAUACAGCUGUAAUUUGUGAGGCUGUAGCUACAGACAGAGCAACUGUUUCAAAUAGUGGGGAAUACAUAGGUAGAGACGUGUUGACAGAAAUCACAAAUGGCAUAUAUUCCGAAGGCAAUUCAUAUCUUGGUGUAAAACACUUGUCAGCAGACCGCCCACUUGCUGUAUUUUGUGGCAACUUUGCCGACACAUUGGUGCAAAUGCCCCCAAAAGAAACGCUUGGCACGGAGUUUUUUAUACCCAGUUUGGAUCUCAGCUUACUCAACGCUGUUGCAGAGAUACACGUUGUGAUUACAGAGGACAGUACGGUACUGGUUAUCGGCGGGGACUAUGAUCAAAUGGAUCCGGUAGAUUUUACCGGAGAUUUCUACAUCAGAACGAUAGAACCAAAUACGAUAUACAAUAUCACGGCGAGUAAACCGGUUCAAGUUCAUCUAGAAAUGAGAUCGACAGCAGACAGCUGGGCAUCAGCGGUGGUUAUUCCACCUACCACGCAGUACAGGAGUAGUCACGUGUUUCCGGGAUUUAGCAACUCUCUCUUUGGACUGAGGUUGAGUUCGGCAGUGGAUCAAAAUGGAUUAGAUGUUCCAAGCCUCGUGACUUCAUCUGUACUAACUGGAGCAUCAUCUACCACGCUUACGUAUGCUGGUCCGACGUUUUGUCUCUCCGUGUUGGGUUAUGUGACGGGUCAUACCGGAAAGAAGAUUGUAGUUUCUUGUGACGUAUUAUAUGCCGACAAUAAUGAGAUAUGCAUAGUAUCGAAUGGAACUGCUGGUGAUGGUGUAGACAACGAUUGUGACGGUUUAAUUGAUGAGGAGUAUUGCUCUGAUAGCCGAGAACCGGGCACAUUUGAUUACGAUAUAGACGGUAGUUUAAAUGAGGACUGCUCGGCAAAUUCUACUGCCACAGGUUUAAGCAAAGAGAUCGCGAUUCCUUUAUCAAUGUUAACAUGUUCUUCAAGUAUUAACAAUACAAAUACCAGUGACCCUUCAAUAACCAUCGGCCCUGGUGCACCAACAAACACCACUCCAACCAGUUUUCCUACGUUAUCACAAGAAUUGGAAUCUGAAGCUACGUAUGAUCCUAUCAUAGCAAGCACAUCGGGUUCUAUUAGUGUACCUACAACCGCUCCAGCUACUGGGAACGUUACUGGCAAUUCCUCAGCUGCCCCUGUAAAUAUAUGCGUGACUGAAUGUGUGUGUCCGUGCGGAUGGGUAAAUCCUCCACAAAACUACACUCCUGAAGAACUUGCGGAAAUAGUUGAAGAAAUACAAGAGAAACUUAAAGUUAGCAAAGCCGAACUCAGUUCAACGAUCCGCAAAAAGUCAAGCGCACCAGACGACCGGCCGUCUGCCACCGCUGUAGGAUACGUUGGUUUGGCGUCGAUCAUUUUCACCUUGGGGGCAAUGGCGCUCUUAGACAUUACAACUGUAUUUAGAGAUGUGCGAGUGAUGAUUAAGAAUCUAAGAGAAUAUUUUCAGCCAUGACUGCGUUUUGUUCUCCGAAUUGUACAACCUCAUACUGGUAGAUUAUCUGUUAUGUGAUAUUCAAGCUUUUUCUCCAAAUGUCUACAGAGUGUUAUAUGGUAUUUAGAGGAUUCCGAUUGGUCUGAGUAAAAUCACAAUUGUCUCAACUCUAGAUGCAUAAUUUAUUAGUGUUUGUUUCGAUUUGACCCAUUUCUAAAUUACUUUCCUCUAUUGCGUCAUUUUGGCAAAACAAAAAUCUUCGUUGGUUUUGAUUAUGCAUUGUACAUGACUGCACGAAAAAGUUUCGUUGAUUUUGAUAAUUAUAAGCAAAGUGAAUAUUAAAGAAUACAUACUGCGUCCAAUUAUAUAUGGAAUUUGUAAUUUUAAGAGUGUUUUCAAAAUUAGUUUAUAAACUGUGUGCCUUCUCAAUUAGUGUAUCUGUAAAUUUACCUAAAGGUGUAUCGAUGGCUUUGUAUGGACAAUUGAAGAAUGUGAUGCAAUUGGUAUAUGGUUCACAAUCAAUGAAUCAAUAAGUUUAUAUCUUAUCCUAAUCUCCCGAAACAGAUGUAUCUGGUUAUUCUAGUUUUAGUUACAGAGGCCUAGCCUUCUAGUUUUGUUGAUGAAUUAUCUUUCUGUUUAGCUGUUAAAAAUCUAGCCCAUUACUUUUGUUGAUGACUUAUGUUUUGGUUUAUAUAUCACAACCCUUUGAAUGUCGUCAUUUGUACAAUUCGAAAGGAAUAUUUCCAAAUCCUGUCUGGGCAAUUCGUUGCUUACAUGAAAAAGAAACUUUACAUUUAUUGUUUAGUACUGGUUGGUUCCAGGAAAGGAUUUAAGUGUUUCAAUAAGCUUAUAGCUUCCAACACAAUCGAACAGAAAUGAAUUUGUAAAAACUAUAUAUAACUAACAUAUUUUUGUAUACAUAAAAAGAACUAUUGCAAAGCAACAAAAACAAUGUUUUUCAUCUGUUAUUCAGAUAAACGGUAAAUUCGUAUUCAAAAUGAUUGAUUUAAUUCAUAUAGACUAUAACAAUAUUCAUUAUAUUCACUGUUAGACACAAUCUUAGUGAGAAAUAACAGUUAUCCAAUCUCUAAUUAUAUACUUAUUAAGAGCUUACAUUCCAGAAUGUAUAAACUGAAACAUUUAUUAUUCUGUUACAUUUGAAUACCAACCAUGACAAAGGUUUUAUAAGUAUUAUAAGUAUUUUUGAUUUAUAUCGAGAUACAUGUAAUUGUAUAAGUUCAAUACAAUUUCUUAUUUCUUCUUCGUAUUCGAAUGGUAUUGAAUAUACUGUGUUUAAUAUAUAGAUUUUGUAAACUCAUAAAUUACAAUGUAACUGAAACCUGUAAUGAGAACAUCAGUGCGUUAUUGUGUAUUCUGUAAACAUUAUCGUUGAUAUACGAUCAAGAACAAUAUCUAUCAUUCUGUCGAUAUCAUGUUUUUCCGUUAAUAAAAUGAUUUUCA